UCUAUCCUGUGGCUUGGCGUUUUCUCAGGUCAUAACUUUGGAUACCUUGAGCUAUAUCAAAAACAUGGCAAAAAAGAAGAAUCCGCAGGUUUAUAUGGAUGUAUGCAUUGAUGGAGAUCCAGCUGAGACUAUGGUUUUUGAGCUUUUUCCUGAAGUCGCUCCCAAGACAUCAGAAAAUUUCCGUGCACUGUGCACAGGGGAGAAAGGCAUCGGACUCAGAAGUGGAAAACCUUUGCAUUACAAAGGAUCCUUUUUUCACAGAAUAGUGAAAGGUUACUCAGCACAGGCUGGCGACUUUGUGAAUCGAGAUGGUACCGCUGGGGAAAGCAUAUAUGCUGGAAAAUUUCCAGAUGAGUCACCGAAACUAAGGCAUGAGGAGCCUGGUCUUUUAUCGAUGGCUGUUUCUGAACGAGACAAGUUGGGAUCACACUUUCAUAUUACGUUCAGGCCAAAUCAUCAGCUUGAUAGGAAUAAUGUUGUAUUCGGAAAGCUUAUUCAAGGCAAAGAGGUACUAAAAAAAAUUGAACGUGUGGGUGACGAGGAAGGUAAACCUACUGUUAGCGUGAAGAUAAUUCGUUGUGGAGAAUAUACUGGAGACAAGAAGAGUAAUACUAUUGAUGGUCGAAAAAGGGGAAAGCACAAGAAAUCUUCGAGAGAGCGAAGAAAGAAGAGGCGAAAACACUACUCAUCUGAGUCUGAAAGCUCUUCAGAUUCUGAAACGGAUUCCUCCGAAUCUGAUAGUGAGUCAGAUUCCGAUUCGUCAUCCUCUGACCUUAGUUCCUCGAGCCAUGAAAGGCGGAAGAAGAGAAAAAGAAAUUCAAAGAAAGAUAAGCACAGGCGGUCUAAACGAAGAGAUAAGCGCCAUGAGAAAAAGCGGAGGCUGCGCGAUAAGAGAUUGAAACGCAAGUCCAAAAGGUCCCCAGACAGCCUUACAGGUGAAGAAGGCAACAGUGGAAGUGAAGCAAGUUUUAGUGAUGCUAACGUUAAUAUUGGGGCAAAAAAGAGGAAACCCAGAGUCUUGAAUAGAACCGGUAAUUCUCCACCAGGGGUAGAAAAAGAAGCUGAAUCACUUCACCAGGACAAAAGGGAGGGUCCGGAUUUGCUUGACAAGGAUGACGGUGCAUCAGAACACAUUUCUGAUAGGCAACCUGAUGUUGUCGAUGAUCAUCCUGGCAAAUCUAGGAGCCGGAGCUUCAGUCCUAAGAGGAAAGCGAGUAAGAGCACGAGUGUUAGUCCCCGGAGGAGUCAGAGUAAGAGCCCGAGUUUAAGUCCUAGACGGAAUGUGGUCAGAAGUCCUGCUAAAGGUAGCCGACAAGUGAAGAACUUGAUAAACAGUAGAAGCGAAAGCCCAGGGAGUGAGGAGAAACGCAGAAAAAUUAGGAGGAGCCCUACCAAAAGUAUUAGUAGAAGUCCAGUGCGGAUGAAAAGGGGAAGAGAUAUUAGUAGAAGUCUUUCAAGGAGUAUAAGCAGAAGUCCAUUGAGGAGCCCUAAAAGGGGUAUUAGCAGAAGUCCAGUGAGAGGUAGGAAUGCCCGAAGCCCUAGCAGGAGCCCCGUAAGAUCUGCAUCUCAAGGAAGCCUUGGGAGGGGCGCACUUAGAAGAUCAUCAAGAAGAUCACCUAGCAGAACCCCAGUGCGGUCUUCUAGAAGAAGCCUGAGCCGGAGUCCUAUCCGAUUAUCUAGAAGAAGCCUGAGCCGGAGUCCUAUCCGAUUAUCUAGAAGAAGCCUUAGCCGGAGUCCUAUCCGAUUAUCUAGAAGAAGCCUUAGCCGGAGUCCUAUCCGGAGCCGGAGUCCCAUUAGAUCACCUAGGAGAUCAGUAAGCAGGAGUCCAGUUCGAUCGUCUAGGAGGAGUGUGAGCAGGAGUCCGAUUCGAUCAUCCAGGAGAAGUAUCAGCAGGAGUCCUGUUAGAGGAAGAAGAAGAAUGAGUAGAAGUCCAAUUCAGGCGAGGAGAAGGAGUCCCCGGCUUAGAUCCCCUCUCAAUGAUCGUAGAAGAAGUUUAUCAAGAAGUGCUUCUCCUGAUGGGCGCAUCAGGAGAGGGAGAGGAUUUAGCCAGAGAUACUCUUACGCUCGUAGAUACAGAACCUCUCCAUCUCCUGAUCGAUCUCCUUAUCGCUUUAGUGAUAGGAGUGACCGUGACAGAUUUCGAAGUCACAGGAGGUACUCGCCAAGACGGUUUAGAAGUCCAUUAAGAGCAAGAACACCUCCAAGGUAUAGAAGAAGAAGCCCCUCUGUAUCACCUGGUCCCCGUUAUCGCCGGCGUUACAGCCGCAGCCCAAUCCGAAGCCGUUCACCAUUUAGAAAAAGAAGGUCACCAUCCUCCAGCCGCAGCCUAAGUCCAUCGAGGUCAAGAUCAAGAUCAUAUUCAAAAUCUCCCAUUGAGACAGAGAAAGCAAGAUCGUUGUCAAGAUCACCAUCCAAAGCAAGGUCUCCAUCGAAAUCAAGUUCGUCAUCCUCGGAUAAUAGCUCAGGUGGGAAAAAGCCAUUAGUAGCCUAUGAUUAAUAAUAACCUCUAAGUCAGAGACCCAUGUCUUAUGAUACGGGGUCAAGUGACACCCCUUCCCUUUUUAAUAUUCAUGUUUAACCUUUUGUAAUAUACAUUUCGGUUUUAUGGUGCCUUGCAUUGCACUCAGUUAAUUAUAUGAUAUUUGUUGAACUUCAAAUAGACAAGAUUUUUCUUUAAUGAAUAAAGUCAGU